CCGGUGUCCUCCAGAGUCCGCUGUGCGAAGCGCGGCGCGGCGCCCGAGCUUCCCCAGACCUGGAGUGCCUGCGACACUUUGCAAGGACACCGUAGAGGGGCACGUCAGCCCUCCGACUUCCUCCCGACGCCGCCUCCGAUUGGCUCCUGGGCUUAUAAGAAAGGCGUAAAUGAGCAGCUGCCGCUGGCGGCGACUUGCAGGAGGUCUUGGGGUGGCAUCGUCCUUUCCUUCUCGCCGGCCCGCGGGCGAGCCGAGCCGGGGAGCAUGAGGUCGUCCUGCGUGCUGCUCACCGCCCUGGUGGCGCUGGCCGCCUACUACGUCUACAUCCCGCUGCCCAGCUCCGUGUCGGAUCCCUGGAAGCUGAUGCUGCUGGACGCGACUUUCCGGGGCGCACAGCAAGUGAGUGACCUGAUACACUUCCUGGGACUGAGCCAUCACCUGCUUGCGCUGAAUUUUAUCAUUGUUUCUUUUGGCAAAAAAAGUGCAUGGUCGUCUGCCCAAGUGAAGGUGACUGACACUGACUUUGACAGCGUGGAAGUCAGAGUGUUUGAAGGCCCUCCAAAGCCAGAAGAGCCACUGAAACGCAGUGUUGUUUAUAUCCACGGAGGAGGCUGGGCCUUGGCAAGUGCAAAAAUCAAGUAUUAUGACGAGCUGUGUACAGCAAUGGCUGAAGAAUUGAAUGCUGUCAUUGUGGCCAUUGAGUCUUUGUUUAGAUACCAUCCCUUCAGCCAGGCCUUCCUUGACAAGCCCAGAUACAGGCUGGUUCCAAAGGUUUAUUUUCCUGAGCAAAUUCACGAUGUUGUACGUGCCACAAAGCAUUUCAUGCAGCCAGAAAUCUUACAGAAGUAUAUGGUGGAUCCAGGCAGAAUCUGCAUUUCUGGUGACAGUGCUGGUGGAAAUUUGGCUGCUGCCCUUGUACAACAGUUUAAUCAAGACGCCAACCUAAGAAAUAAGCUCAAACUGCAAGCUUUAAUUUAUCCAGCUCUUCAAGCUUUAGAUUUUAACACACCCUCUUAUCAGCAAAAUGUGAACACCCCAAUCCUGCCCCGCUACGUCAUGGUAAAGUAUUGGCUGGACUACUUCAAAGGCAACUACGACUUUGUUCAGGCCAUGAUAGUUAACAAUCACACAUCACUGGAUGUGGAAGAGGCCACUGCCCUCAGGGCACGUCUAAACUGGACGUCCCUCUUGCCCGCAUCCUUCACGAAGAACUAUAGUCCUGUUGUGCAGACCACGGGCAAUGCCAGGAUUGUCCGGGAGAUCCCUCAGCUGCUGGAUGCCCGCUCUGCCCCACUCAUAGCGGACCAGGAAGUGCUCCAGCACCUCCCAAAGACCUACAUUCUGACGUGUGAGCAUGAUGUCCUGAGAGACGAUGGGGUCAUGUAUGCCAAGCGUUUGGAGAGUGCAGGAGUGGAGGUGACCCUGGACCACUUUGAGGAUGGCUUUCACGGAUGCAUCAUUUUCACCAGCUGGCCCACCAACUUCUCGGUGGGAAUUCGGACUAGGAACAGUUACAUCAAGUGGCUGGAUCAAAACCUGUAAAGAAAUAAAACUUCUAGAAGGCUCCAGGGAGCCCCUCUUCACCUCCUAUACCUGCUUUGGAAAAACAUGCACUUUUGAGUUGACUAAUCCUUCCUCCCACACCCACGACCCCAGCCCCUAAACCCCCACCCCCAUUACUUGUGAGUUAUGGAAUCUCUAUUCCCUGCAGACUUUAUGAUAAUCUAAUAUUUUAAAAUGAAUUUGACUAAUUGAAGUGCAAAAACAUCUGACUUUGGUUCCAUAGUGGGCCAGUCUAUUCAUGUUAUUUUGAUCAACUACUACUAAUACCUACAGCUACAGAAAGCAGGGCUAGGAGCUGCAAAUAGCUUUGGUCCUGCCUUUAUCUAGAUUCUCCUUCAGAAGAAAUUCUUCCAGCUCUGGAUGAUAUAAUGACCUUUAAUGAGUUAAGAAAAUGUGGGCUCUUCUUCAACUUGCUAGAGCUUAUUUUAGGUGCAGAGCAGUAUUCAGUAUGUACACUUUCAUCUCAGUGCUAGGGACCAAGUACCCUCUGUGGUUGGAUGGUUUUGUUUCCUAUGGGAAUUUUGGCAAAGGCUUUCUAACAAGAACAAGUUUCUCAACAGACUUUCUUCCUAUAGUGUGUCCAUUUUAUGAGACAUAGUUAUCUAUAAGUCCAGCUGGAUUGUAAUGAUACUUGAAAGUUUCUUUCUACCACUAUUAUUAGAAAACAUAAAGUUGCAUGCACUGGAUAGCUAUAUAUUUUUAAGUUUUUGUUGUUUUUAGUUAUGCCAUUUCAUUGAGUAGAUCUUUUGGGAACAAAUUUAUUUAGAUUUCGAACAAGUUUUCCCUUACAUAAAAAGUAAAAACAGGCCAGGUGUGGUGGCUCACGCCUGUAAUCCUAGCACUCUGGGAGGCCAAGGCGGGUG